GCUCCAGAAUAUAAUAUCAUGAAACAAUGGUACAAAGCACCUCAAUAAAAAUACAAAUAGCAAUCAGGUCCCUUGGUAGAAAGUCUGUGUCAAUUAAUUUGGGCGAAAGGGAUUAUUUCUUUUUUAUGUAAAUGGUAUAUAUAAACACAAUCCCUCAUGAACCCAAGAAGCUUUUUAUGCAGAUGGGAUCCAAUCCAUACCACCUACAGUUACAACAUUUGAAAGACAUCACAGACAAUUUCUCUGAUGCCCGCAGACUUGGUAGUGGUGGUUUUGGUGUGGUAUAUAAGGGCGUGCUGCGAAAUGGGAAUAUGGUUGCAGUGAAGAAGCUUGUGCUGUCAACGCUGAAGUCACAGAAGCAAUUUGAGAAUGAGGGUGAUCUUCUUAUGACACUGAAUCACCCAAAUAUAGUGCGACUAUUGGGCUACUGCUAUGAAACAGAACUUAUAUAUCGGCCUUACGAAGAUAAAUUCGUUUUUGCUCAAGACACGAAACAUUUGCUUUGCUUGGAAUAUAUGCCCAAUGGAAGUCUUGACAAUUACAUAUCAGGCAUGUCUUCUGUACUUGAUUGGCACACAUGUUGCAAAAUAAUUGAGGGCAUUUCCUUUGGUCUCAUGUACCUUCACGAGGGAUCUAAUGUCCCCAUUAUUCAUUUGGAUCUAAAACCUGCGAACAUAUUGCUGGAUGAAAAUUUUGUACCAAAAAUUACUGACUUUGGUCUUUCAAGACUGUGUGAUGAAAAAACUAUGCAGACUAAAGUCGCUAGUGGAACACUGUAA